AUGAACGGAGAGUACGACCGUCUAAAUACUUUGGGAUGGAAAGAAAAUCCCAAGAAAAACGCCAGUAUUUUUUCCAUUCUUUUCUACCGGUGGGUUGGGGAGAUUGUUGCCAUCGGCAACAAGCGCCCCAUUGAAAUCGACGAUCUUUUCCCUUUACUGAGCGAGGACAAAACUGAAACUUCAGCUGAAAACCUCCAACGGACAUGGAGCGAAGAGAAGGCAAGAGGUGUCGCUGUGACAGACAGAAGAGGUUAUCGACUGUUCAGAGCUCUUAUCCAAAUGUUUUCUUGGACUUACCACCUGUUUGUUGCGAGCGCUACUUUUUUAGCCGGCGUUUGCAAUGUCCUUCAGUGCGUGUUUUUGAGUUUGUUGUUAGGGCAGUUUGUGAAGUCUUCCUCCUCUGGUCGCUGGCUGAUGUACUUCUAUGCUGCUGGCAUUUGUCUUAGUUCACUGGUGCGCGCCAUUGCUACCCACCAAUGGGUAUUUCAUGCUUAUUUAAUAGCUCUUCGGUGGAAAUCAGGAACUCUCGCAGUUAUCUAUAAAAAGGUGAGAAAACGCAUGCGGCAAAUUGUCUAAGCUCUAAUCGACUGAGGGUAAUAAUACAACCAAACACACACUUGUUACCUGGUCAAUUACCAAUUCAAGUCUCAUAUGAAAUGAGUAGCAACAUUCCACCUACGUCGAAAAAAUAGACAAAAUGGCGGGCGGAUCUCCCUGAAGGCCUUGCGUGUCCCUUUCCCCAUGCAAUGAAGCCGAUUUUUGAGGGGAGGGGAUAGACUGCACGCACCCUUUCCUCGAAUAAAAGCCGUCCCUCGAUUAAUCGUCCCCCUUUGAUGGAAAUAUUCAAAAUAAUCGCCUCCCUCUAACAAUCGCCUUCCCUCGAACAAUCGCCCCCUUUUAAUACGAAAAUAGAAACAAUCGCCCAAGGCUAUUAUUCGAGGAAAUACCUUAUACCAAGUAUGGCCGGCAACUGCGCUCUAACAAUUAAGUCUGGAAUAUCCAGUUUCUUAUGCCAAGCCAGUCUGAGCGUAUUUUGAGAUGGAUCCCGUCUACGAGUCCCUACUUACGACCCCAGCGCGUGAGAAAUGUCAACUUUCAAAGUUUUUUAAAGAGCUGAAGUUUGAAUAAUUAGAUUAUAUUCGUGCAUGCUCCAUCGGUAACUAUUACAAUAUUUGCAAUAGAAAACGUUUUCCGUGUUUGCAUAGCCUGAUAUAACCACGAGAGGGGUUGCGAGACAGUUAUGCAAACCCGAGACGAAGUCGAGUGUUUGCAUAACUGUCGAGAAUUCUCCCAACGCCUCGAGUGUUUAUAUCAGGCUAAGCAAACACAGGAAAAAAGUUUUCUAUUGCUUUUAAGAAAUAACUUUCCUGAGAAAAAACGCAAAACUUUUUGUAUGGCACUGAUUAAAAAGAAAUUCUUACCAGUCGCCAAGUCUUGUCCACGAAGUCUUGUUCUUGUUUUGCAAAAAGAUGCUUUCCAAAAUACGGAUUUUUCUCUCUUAAAAUGUCAGCUUAAGCGUAGAAAAAUUGACACACCUUCUUUGUAACGAUUUUCCAAGUUUCAGCCGACGAAGGAAUGGGUAAAUAAAUAAAAGAUGUCGAGUUUUGAACUCGAAAUUUUUUUCAAAUUCUUGCUUGCGUGAUUAGCGCGCGAAAAGCAAAACAUCUUGACCCCACAACCAUGUUUACAUACUCUCAUGCAAACACUCCUCUCGGCCAAUCAGAGCGCUCGUGCUAUCUUAGUUAUUUUAAAAAUCUUUUUAAUUCAACAUAUCUCUGAAACGCAGGUCUUGAGUUUGAAUCAAGAGGAUUUAUUAAAUGUGACAAGUGGCUGGAUCAUUAACCUUGUCGCUGGUGACCUUCAACGUUUUGAACAUUCCGCAUUGAGCAUAUUUCUCCUACCUCAAGCUGUAUUAGAAGUGUGUAGUAUCUCUUGUCUAAUGGUGUACUUCUUUGGGUGGAAACCUCUGUCAGGGGUAGCUUUUAUGGUCAGUCUUGCGUUAUAUUACGGAAUAGCUGGACAAAUCAGCUUAAGACUGCGAACGAAAAUUUCUCAUGUGGCGGAUCAACGCGUGGAUAUGAUGAAUUCCAUCAUUUCUGGAAUUCGUGCCGUCAAGAUGUAUGCUUGGGAGGGAUCGUUCAUGGAAAAAGUCAAACGGAUUCGAAGGUAUAUUACAUAGACAUAAUUAACUAUUGAGACCCAUUCACAGUUUUUUUUUUUUCAAGUUCUGACAAAGACCAGUAAGCGAAUAUCCAUCGACACUACUGGACAGAGGUCAUUUAUAAUUAUAUAAGGUAUUUGUAUGGUAGGGAGCGCUUACUUGCCCUCUCCCCCCUCCCCCACCAUACAAUUGUCAAUGUAAAUUACGCGACUUUGCGGUGCUGUAUCUUCGUUAGUUUAAAACAAAGUGACUUUCAAACUUGGAACUUUACCUAUUUUUAAGCGUUGCUGAUGGAUGCUCGUUAACUAAUCUCAGUCAAAAGUUGAAAAAGCCGUGGAAAGAUCUAUUCCAAAUUUAUUAACCAAAUAUAUUUCUUCCAAAUUGGGUAAGCAUAUUGGACCCGUCAUUUCGUACAAGGCUACAUCGAUGCCAAAAUCAUCACAUCCAGCUAUUUCGAGAAGGUCGUCGGAAAAAAUGUGCACGUGACAAUCCCGAAAGGUAAUAUAUAAUAUAGGAUAUGAUAAAUACACUGUUCAUGAUACUGUAGUUGUCGAACCUACUUUUGAUGCGUUCCUUUAGCACUCGCAAACAUUCGUUCAUGCCCUUUGUUUCAUGCCAUUCUUUCUUUGAGGAACGGUACACUAAAAACCACCAACAAUACCUUUCGGGAUUGUCGCGUGCUCUUUUUCUGACAACCUUUCUCGAAAUAGCUGUAAACUCUACUAGACUUGAAAUGAUAUCUAGGCGACUUUUGUCCCCGCGUAACUUCCCCCUCUCUCCUUUCAUUGCUCUGUAUUCGUUUUCGUUAUGUCACCAAAGAUUUCAUUCCAAAAGGAGUCAUACCGGUGCGAUUUCAUUGCAGCUUGACGUAUAGCGUGAUGUCCAGCAACAGGUAUCAUGUAAACGAACAAUAAAGAACUCAUUACAAUUUAGAUUCCACCCAGUCCCACUGGACUAGAACUAAUGGUGUAAGUGUAAUUUUAAUUUGUCAAUCCUCGGCGCCGGCGUCGUCAUAAUCCAUAGAGAUAUGGUACCUUUGCCUCCUUCACAAGCUUUCCUAAAGCUUAUUGGGAACAGGGACUCAUAUUACCGGUGAUGGAGACAAGGCAGGGAGAGAGAGCUGAGAACAAGUGAGAAGCGCGUGAGGGGGAUGAUGGGAACGAGCGCAUAGGAGGCGUGGAUACGAAGGGAGUGCCUUUUCUGCUAAACAUAGUAUAUAAAAGGGUAAUUUAAGGAUUGGAACUCGGGGCGGAACCUCCUCGUAUAAAACUUUGUUGAGUACCCCUCCGGGUUCAAAAUACAUCACUAUUAAAUAACACCCUCAGUCAAUUUUUGCAAAUUGUAAGGAUACCCGCUUACUAUGGUUUUUUUCCAGGACCGAAAUCAACCUCAUAAGAAUGAAAACGGUGAUACUGGCAACCUUCGCUUCUCUUUUUUUCUCCUGUCAAGUGAUUGCGACUUUCUUCUCACUGGUUACGCUGGCGGCUACUGGAACUGAACUGACUGUGUACAACACGUUUUUGAUUGUAUCCUUUGUCAACUCAUUAAGGACGACCAUUUCGUGGAAUAUUGCAAGACCAAUUUAUUUAUUGGCCGACUUUGCCGCAGCGCUGGCUCGCAUCCAGAAGUUUCUCGAAUUUGAGAACAAGAACACACACAGAUACCUAAAAGAUUCCUUCGGCGAUGCGAUAAAUGUAAGAGAGGACUCUAGCAAGCGUUAUUACCCAUGUGUUGAUCACAUCAAUGAAAUAGCAACCCAGUCCAGCCAAGAUUUUGCUGUGUUACUGAAAAAUGUCGCAUGCAGUUGGAAUGGCAAGUUGAAUAAGUUAACUUUGAAGUCCUUAAGUUUAUCUGUCAAAAAUGGUGAUCUUGUCCUCAUCACCGGUCCUGUUGGUUGCCGCAAGUCGUCCCUUCUGUACGCCAUUUUAAGGGAAAUUUCUCUCUUUUCUGGCAGUGUAUCUUGUCACGGUAAAAUUGCCUGGGUUGGUCAACAGCCUUGGGUGUUCUCGGGUACCGUGCGAGAAAAUAUCUUGUUUGGUGAAAAAUUCGAUCCGCACUCGUACCGUGAGACGAUCGAGGCGUGUGAUUUAAUCAGAGACUUUCAAAGAUUCCCAGAUGGUGAUAUGACGCUCGUAGGAGAGCGUGGAAUAGUACUUAGUGGUGGUCAACGAGCUCGUGUUGAAUUGGCACGCGCAGUGUACUCCAAUGCUGAUAUAUAUCUUUUGGAUGAUCCUCUGAGCGCAGUUGAUGCAAAGGUUGGCCAGCAUAUUUUUCAAACAUGCGUCUGUGGAUUAUUGAGCAAAAGUACUCGGAUAAUGGUCACGCAUAAUCUUCAGGCUUUAAGAGAUGUCGAAGACAUUGUAAUACUGAAAGAAGGUACUCUUUCAGCAAGGGGCGAUGGUAUCUCGCUGUGGAAGUCCGACAUAGCCAUGAAUGAAAUAAAGAAGUGUAUCGAUAGGAAGAAAAAUAUUCACAAAGCACAGGAAAGUACAUUACCUCCAAACACGUUGGGCGAUGAAACAACAGUGGACGGAGAAUCUGGUUUGGAAAAUGCCGAGGAAGAUCGUGGAGUGGGUUUUAUAUCUUGGAAGUUAUACUGGCAUUAUAUACGAGCUGGAACGUCUGCCAUUUCAGCUGCGGUCAUGUUCAUCUUUAUUCUACUUGUCCAAGGUUAAGAGUUGAGUAUGAGUUCAGUUAUCCUAUAAGGCAACUUUCUCUCCAGGGCAUUUCCCUUAGAAAAUGGGUGGGGCGCUGUUACAGUGAUAUGGGCAUCUCCUUCUCAUAUUAUCUUAGUGAUUUGGGUUAGGGUUAGGGUUACAAGGGAUGCCCAUAUUACGUGGGUUUGGGGAAUGGGGAUGCCCAUGUCAUUGUGACAGCGCUCCUUUUUUAUGGGAAAAGUCCUGGGGACGGCGCUGCCUGUAAGGAAGUAUCUUAAAUGAUGGCACCAGGGUAGAGGGCACUUUUCAUGAAAAUAAAGACAUAUAGAGUGUUUACCCAGGAACAGGGUGUGGCCUUAGGGCUUCUUAACCCUCUAUAUAGAGUUUUCUGAAGUCCAGGUGACAUCGAAGAAUAGGAUGCUACAUGCUUUAAAGUUUACAAACCCUCAUACUUCUUUUAGAGAUUUAAUCUCAUAGACUAUCAUACCGUUAGUCAAUAAAAGUAAGUAUAAGUUAAAAUAUAUCUAGCCAAUUUUUUGAAAUCGAACCUAGCGAAUUAAAUUUGCACCAAUUUGAGUGAGAAAAAAGCAAAAGGCAAGUCAAUUUUUGAAACCGAUAAGCUUAAAAAUCACACCAGCGAAGGAAAAAGAAAGGAGAAAAAGCGAGGAGGAAGAAAGGAGCCAGGAGAAGAGAAAAAAAAGCAAUGGUUGAACUCUUAGUUUUUAUAUUGGCUACUUUGGAGAUAGUUUUUGGACGAAAAACUGCUGAAGCUAUUGGUGGUGCCCUUUUCAAUAAUUCGGUUAGAUAUAUUUUCAAAACACUGUAUUGGCCAGCGCCAUAAAAUAACGACGAGUAAGGGUAAACGAAGUUUAAAACUAAAAACUAUGUUCGUGCCAGAGCACUGAAAAAUGAUUGUAUCCUAUUGUUACAUAGUUACUAAGUCCCCACUAAGUUAGUAGGGAGGAGCGUUGCGUGAAGACAGUAAAAAUGGCUGUGUAGCAGACUAAUUGUUAUAAGUCAGUGAAGUGGGACUCGUUCCAGUCAAAAGAGAUAUUUUUCCAAGAUUAGAAAAUUAGCCAUACGCUAAACACAGUCUCUACCUUCUCAUUUUCCUUACUGUCAUGUCUGGUCAAGCGUGCCCGUAGACUCCGUCUAGGAACUCAGUCGUUAUUUGAAAAUUUGAUCUAUUAGUUGUUGUGAUAGUAGUACGUGUAACGAAUAUAAUGGUUCCACCUUUAAAUUAUCAGUUUAUUGAUAGAACCUAUGAAUGUACGCUUGAUCUGGCGCAAUUGGCGAUUGAAAGAAGAAAAGGACUUACUAACGAAUGAACCUGUCUUCUUUAUGUAUCGAUCAUAAAGCAUCCCUAGUUCUUCCCGACUGGUGGCUUCUUCAGUUGACCAGUAGAUCACGUGAUCCCCAGCGUCAAAGUCAAGACCUUUCAAUAUAUGGUUACCUGGUUGGUGCAGCUUUCUUACUAUCGACCAUCAGAGCGGCGACUUUCCUGAACGUGUUGAUUAACUCAUCGAUGAGCCUUCAUAACUUAAUGCUGUCAGCGGUAGUCAAAGCUCCGGUUUUGUUUUUUGACACCAAUCCAGUUGGACGAGUGUUGAACAGGUUUUCCAGAGAUAUUAACAUCAUGGAAGAAUUACUGCCAGAAGCAUUUCUGAUGGCCAUGCAGAUAAUUCUAUUCUGCAUUGGAGCAGUUACACUUCAAUCUGUGUUAAUCCCCUGGAUAAUACUGCCAGCAUUUCCGCUCAUGGUUAUCUUUGCUUUGAUUGGUCGAUAUUACCUCAAUCCAUCACGUGACUUGAGGCGCAUAGAGGGAGUAACUCGAAGUCCAGUGCUAUCGCAUUUUAGCAACUCUUUGGAGGGACUGGUGAGCAUUCGAAAUUACAACAAGGAAAACAUGACUAUAGGAGCUUUGUACAGGUUUGUGAUUAUAGAAGACCUUAAUUAAUUUCCACGACAAGGACUACGAGAUUUCUCAAUGAAACUAAGUGGUAUGCGCGCGUGCACCGGUGUCAUUUUGGCGGGAAAACAUGAUGACCAGCGUUAUUCAUGUCGUAGUGGUGAAGCAAGGUAUGAAAUGUUAGAAGUUUUGUCAUUUUAGUUUUCCAGGUGUCUUCUUUUUUGAUAAUACGCGAAAAAAAUGUGAAGUCAAAUCUCGUCCUCAUAGUGGCUCUCGUCCUCGAAUUUGGGUUAUAGCCGGUCCUUUUAGAAGACAGUUACUUGUCACAAGUGCCUUUAUCACCUUGAUACAUCCAUAUCUGUAGGGCCUGGGCCAGCAAUGGAAAAGCUGAGUAUCAUCUGAAGAAUUAUGGAGAUCGAGGAAGGUCUUAUCCGCCGAGGCCGUAAAGAUCAUACGAAAGCCGAGUUCAAUAGUUGUUUUAUUAAAAAUAAUUCUAGUUUAAAAACAAGCUAAAACAUGCUUACCUCCAUCGAAGUUAAGUUCAUCUUCGAUAGUGCACGUUAAUCGGCAAGUUUAGGAGCGAAAGGGUUGUUCAGCUCUGCAAAUAUUCUCCAAAUAGCAGAUGUCACCCUUCGAAUUGUCUUCUUGCUGUUCUUGCUAUGUUUUUAGCCAAUAGUUCGCCUAUUCCACAGGAAAAAAUAAUGGAUUCCCAUUUUUGGAUAUUUUAGGGUGUUUAAAGAAUACCCAUAAAAAAGUGGAAAAGUGAGACAAGUCCCAACCAGGGACUGGUGUCUCACUCUUCCAAAUUUGGGAUUUUUGUGGGUAUUCUUUAAAUACCCUAAAAUAUCCAAAAAUGGGAAUCCGUUAUUUUUUCCUGUGUUCCUUCCCGGUGAAACGAAAAAUCGUGUCCGCCAUAUUUCGUUCUCACUACCGAAACAACUCAACCUCGACCCCAGGUCUUCUCGGUUAACGGUUCAGUAAUCUGUGAUAAUCAUCAGUUCAAUAUGGCAAAAUUCUUCCAAAUUUGGCCGACAAUAGCUGGUUAUGAUGAAUUAUGCGUGUGAUUUUAGCCAAUCAGAAACGGAGAAAUAUUUUGAAUGAAUAAUAAUAAGUUUUUCGGGCUUUAUAAAGAGAGUCGUGAGAAGUGACGCGUGACACGCUCACGGCUUCCCCCCUCGCUCGUGUGUUCUCUCGUGGCUACUCGCUACCCUUUAUACAAAUAGUGAGCUUGCUCGCAGGCUAACUUGACAUGAAAAAACUUAUUUUAGUGUAGCAAUAAUGAUUAGUAAACGAUAUCAGUAAAAAGGAAAGUUGGUCACGUGGCGUUUGCUCUAAACGUGAUUUGGUUGAAACUGGAGAUAAAGAAUAUGGGAAAUUCUCACUGGGGCUUAAAAGCACAAGUAUAUAUGAGCCGUGUUUUGGACGAAAAAAGGUAUAUCUCUUUCGGCUGGAGCAUGCCUUCAUCUUGUAGACCAUUAAAUGGGUACCCCGCGGGCUUUCAAUGAGAUCGACAGAAAGAAAUUCUUCCCUAGAUUUCUUCAAAGCGAGUUGAUUGAUUAGUUUUUAAUUUGUUUGUUAAUCAUCAGAUACCAGGAUGACCACAAUCGAGCUAAUUUUGCCAUUUUUGCAAUAGCUAGAUGGCUAGGCAUACGUCUGGACAUGAUCUGCGUCAUCUUCGCGACAUUUGUCAUUUAUGUUGCAAUCAUUACUCAGUCUAAAGUAGGUAAAUUGAAACAACAAAUGGCUAAGUCAAAAUGUGCAAUAUUUAAUUUUAGGACUCACGGAUUUAACUUUAAAUCCUUGAGCCCCAAAAUUAAGCAUUGCACAUUUUGGAACGAAGGAUUUUUGUAGCCAUAUCUUGCGCGAUUUAUUUUGUGGGUGUUUUUUGCUAGUCACACCUUAACUGGAACGUGAUUUCACCAUAAUCGUUAGGCAUAAAGUUUGUUCCUUAGCUCCAUCUUGUUAUUCUCCCUGAUGGAGCUUGGGGUGUAAAACCGGUCGAAGAAAUAAAAAAAAGGUAACAACAUUCUCACGUUGCUUCGUGCUGCUCACUAGUGUUCAAUUAAAAAAUAUAUAUCAUUAAAAAUAUUUUAAAAUGCAAUAAAUUGUACACCUGAGCUCACGAUACAGUCAUGUGACAGUGGUCAGCGGAUACCCUAUUUUGACAGCUGUCAAUUGACCAUAACAUGUAGGUCCAAUAUCAAGGUAAACAGAGGUUGUAUAUGCGUUGGACUCCAAGCUAGUAAGUUUGACAUUUCACACGCGCUAACAUGAAAAGACAGACGUAAGGACAGACAAACGGAUGACUUUUUCGCAAUCAAAUUUCUUGAAUGCAUAGAUAACCAAAAUCUAGUAUCCAUAGUGCUCCACUGUGCACGCUCUGCUGUAAAUUGCGACUAGAAAUGUAGUUUUUGUUUCGUUUUUGCUAGGGAUUGCAGCAUUAUCCAUUGUAUACGCCCUGCAGCUUGCUGUUGACACGUCUCAGUAUGCCGUUAGGAUGUGGUCACAAGCUGAAAGUUACAUGACGUCCGUGGAGCGUGUCGUCAAAUACAGUCAAGCAGAACAAGAGCCUGGGUACCAGAAUCAUCGACAGCCUCCAGAACAUUGGCCCCAGUACGGUCAAUUACAAUUAAAAAACGUGGAACUUGUUUACUACCACGGCGGACCCAAAAUACUUAAAGGUAUCACUUUUACUGUUAAUCCACAAGAGAAGAUCGGAAUUGUUGGUCGCACUGGAGCUGGCAAGUCUUCAUUGAUUGCAGCCCUGUUUCGUAUGCCUCAACCAACUGGCUACGUCAUCAUCGAUGACGUCAAUGUCGGUGAUGUUAACAUUCAAAAUUCUCGCCAAGCCAUAGCGGUUAUUACCCAGAAUCCAGUGUUGCUUACCGGUACACUGAGAAUGAAUUUGGAUCCUUUUGAGGAACACGAAGACAACGAAAUCUGGAAUGCCUUAGAGGAUGCGAGUUUGGAAGCCAUGGUGAAAAAGCUUCCGAUGCAACUGAACCAGCUGGUGAAAGAAAGCGGAAGUAAUUUCAGUACCGGAGAAAGGCAACUUUUGUGUCUGGCCCGUGCGUUAUUGAGGAAGAACAAAAUUAUUGUUAUGGAUGAAGCAACGGCAAAUGUGGAUCACAAAACAGAUCAAUUAAUUCAGGAAACACUUCGCACGAAAUUUAAGCAUUGUACCGUGAUUACAGUUGCUCAUCGAUUGAACACAAUCAUGGAUUAUAAUCGAAUUUUGGUUCUGGAUCACGGAAGAGUUGUAGAGUAUGACAAACCAGAAAUUUUACUUCAGAAUGAAGGAGGAUAUUUUUCCAGACUUUGUCGUAACUAUGAUGAUAAUGCCGACCAUUAA